UGUUCACAGCAGCAACGUUGUGCCUGAGCAGCUCUGUUGCUGAAAAGUUUUACUCCAAAGCCGGCCACAAAAUGUCCAGCUUGGUGCGACUGACCAAUGCGGCGCUAGUUCGGAGCCUGGUAAAUCACUCCGCUCGAAGCGCUCGGCUUAUUUCGUCGUCGCAGAAGAAUCGGGAUGCCGCAACCAUCGAAGUACCGAAGAAGGCGGCUGCUGCCGGUCCAGCUGCAGCAGCAUCGUCGACCACGACCGGUAAGAACUGGGUGAGCUAUGGAUUCGACCGGAAGGACGAAACGAACGACCGCAGUGCCAUGAAUGCGUCGUUCUUCUUCUCCGUCACACUCUGCCUCGUCCUGGGAAGCGUGUACUGGGCGUACGUUCCCGACCCACAGCUGCAGGAUUGGUCGCAGCGUGAAGCAUACCUCGAGCUGCGCCGUCGGGAAGCUGCCGGCCUGGAACCGAUCAGUAAGGACUUUGUAGAUCCUGCCCAGAUUGUGCUGCCAUCGGACGAAGAGCUGGGUAACACUGAAAUCAUAAUUUAAGUCCGCGAGUAGAGUGCACGGCAGACGAAACGCAAGUUAUGUAACGGCCCUGUUGGGCAUACACAGAUUACGCUAAAAAGAUCAGUGUCCCACGCCGUUUGUACAUAACAUUCAAACAAAACGCGCGUGUAAACGGUAGCAGUGUUAAGAAAUCGUGAUGUGGUUUGAAGCAUGAAUAAAUAGGGAAAAUUAUU